AUGAGUUCAUGUUCGGAUGAAUUGCUCGAAGAUGAUGGCCACCUUGACCUCAAGCAAGAACUCUUGUUCACCUUGGACACCAUCCAAUCUUCCGGAUCCUUCUUAGCCGGGAAAGCUUCGCUGGGUCUUGCCUUGCCUGGCCUGGACCUUCCAGGCGUAGGCAACAUUCGACUUCCCAUCUCAGCCGAUGAUGCAAAAGCCAUCAUCCAGUGUUGUGAUCGCAGUCCCUACGGGAAAGGUUCCGAAACCCUGGUCGACGAAUCCGUCCGCAAAACAUGGCAGCUCGACCCUGGCCAGUUCUCCCUUCAAAAUCCCUACUGGCAACAGCAGAUUGGUAUUCUGGUGAAUGACGCCGUCACCGGCCUGGGCCUGACCGCUCAAUCGGAGGAGGUCAAGGCGGAGUUAUACAAGCUACUGAUUUACGAAGAAGGCGCAUUCUUCCGCCCACACCAAGAUUCUGAGAAGGCCGAUGGCAUGUUUGCUACAUUAGUAGUAUACCUUCCCUCGAAGCACGAAGGCGGAGAUCUCAUUGUAUCCCACCGUGGUACCAAGCUCGAAUGGCGAAGUGCGCCAUCCUCAGAGUUUAGCUUUUCCUGGGCUGCUUGGUAUGCGGAUGUUAUCCAUGAGGUGAAGCCGGUCAUCUCUGGAUAUAGAGUGGCUCUGGUGUACAAUCUGAUCCAUCGCCCGUCGCUUGGGGCUAGGAUGCCCAUUGUCCAGACAGACAGACUGGCCAUUCUCUUAGGAUACUGGGCUUGUCGCAUUGACGAAAAGAUUCACCCCGACUACCCAGCUUGGGAUCGUUAUGUCGAUGACUGCUGCCCGCCAGCACUCGUCUACGCUCUCGAGCACCAGUAUACUAGUGCGGAGCUCAGCUUUCAUCGACUGAAAGGAGUCGACCAAGCUCGUUUUGCACAACUGCAAAAUGCGUGCCAGAGGCUUAAGUUCGACAUAUACUUCGCCAAUAUUGAGAAAAGAGAAACUGGCGCAGCUGAGGAACCAUACAAUAGCUGUCAUCGGAAGCCUUACUAUGAGAUAGACGUGAUUGAGACCAAUCUAGAGUUCUUAAAGGUAGUGGAUGCGCUCGGAACUGUUGUCGCAGAGCAUCUGCCAUUCCACGAGGAUUUGCUUAUCCAAGACGGGUUCUUUUCGAAUCGAGACCCGAAUGAUGGAGAGUACCAAGGCUUUACAGGAAAUGCGGGUGCCCAGGCCACUCAUUUUUAUCGAGCGACAUCAUGGGGCGCCAUAAUCGUUCCAAAGGCUUUUCGCUUUUCGUUCAUACUCCAUCGGUUGAAGAACUCCACAGAUAAUGGUGAAGAACUUCUAGAUGAGUGCCACCGUUCCGUCUCAGAAUGUCUUGAUGAAGGUUUUACGCAGUGGGAUCUGGUCCAGACCUGCAAAAUGACGUUACAAAAAAAGUGGCUGCCAUCCGAGAUGAUUGACAAGGUCAUGCAGAUAGCCAUUGACGUUGAUGACGUGGCUCUAUUUUGCCAAGCCGUUGAAUCUCUUCACGGAACUGUUUCGCCCUCUCAAAUUACUAACAUCGCGAAUGUCAUGGCGAAACAUGGACUCGAAGCUGUCCGCGAAGCGGUGGAGCAUGUAUUUCAGGUCCAACGCCGUUCUCCCAUGAUCCAUAAUUUGAUUUCUGAGCGAUACGCCUGGCUUGAUAGCUUGGUCCGGGAAUAUAUUGAGAUUUGCGAGGAACAAGACCGGGAGGUAUCGCCCGACGUGCUCGAUUGGGACAUCACUACUGCCAGUAAAUUGAUUUCCAUACAUUCGAGGGACACAGCUCGUGGUGGCCACGAACUUGCGAUGUUCCUAACCACUUUGCCCCGGGAGAAGUUAUUCACAAGAAUCCACCCUUUCCUGGAAACUAAGAUUGGGGACAGCGCUUUUCUUGCCUCUUUCUUUGUCUCGGCCUAUGAAAACUCCCGUACUGAUGAUCUCGACCUUAAAGGUGCGGUCGAUGCAAUGAUCAAAUAUCUUUUUCCGCCAUUUGCUCGCGCUUUCCAUAUUGUACACGAGCAUACCUUUGCCUACUCCCGGAAACAUACCUUGACUUUCAGCGUUAAACCGGAUACGGUUGUUAAGGUGCUCCGGAUAGGUAGUAUUAAUGACAUCGAUACAACGGUAUUAUUCGAUACCCUCACGGAGUUUGCUCUAAAUCUGCGAGGAAACGACAUGGGUCGUGUUUUCUCCGACUUUCUGUUGCCAGUGGCAAAAGGUGUUUGCGACAACGUCAUUACGUCCCGGAGCCCUUCCACCACUAAUCAACGACGAUUUUUUAAACAUUUUCUGAACAAAUAUGUGGUUGACUAUGUCCAGUCUCCUCCUCUCGUGCCACCCGACUACAAGAUCAAGACACAUAUAGACUGCCGCUGCCUUAUCUGUUCUAAGCUUCAGCUAGGGAAUUUCAUCGAAGAUCCCGCGCAAAAGGCCACGGAUGUUUUCAUGGCUAAUUCCGACAAGAAACACUUUGAUCGCUAUCUUGACGACGCUUAUUUCACUAAAACCCUUAUCGGACCUCCUCGCUCGGGCAUGCUGCGAAUAGGAAAAACGGAUGCGUUGAUGGCAGUUUCCCACUUCUACGCAUGGAACAAACGAGCUGUUGAGGCAAAGAGUCAGCUGGAACAGUUGAAUCUGUAUAGCUCUCUGAAAGAACUUCUGGGAAAUAGUUACUAUUCCUUGAUGAAUCACCCCAACCUUACACUUCCUGAUGGGCAUCCUGCAGCUAUACCAGUUGAGGCUCCGGAUGGUUAUCCUGUGCUAGGGAGCGUGGUUUCGAGUAAGCGUCGCCAAGAGUGGUGA